AUGAGGAAGUUAAUAACCUUUUUAACCCUUCUUGUUGUUGUGGGCAAUGAUGGCCUUGAUGGGGUUUAUGGGGCAAGCGAUUGUGGGAGUUUUACAGUCCAGAGAGCAGCUUGGAAACUAGGCACUUGUGAAUUAGCGACAAAAGCAAGAAAUAUUGACGUCCCAGUUAAAUGUUGCAAUCUGGUGAGAAGUAUGGCCCAGAAUCCGAGAUGUCUUUGUACUGUUGCGCUUUCGGAGACGGCUAGGAAAGUCGGGGUGCUCCCACAUAUUGCCCUCGAUGUGGUCAAGCGCUGUGGUGUUAGUAAUCGUCCAGUGGGUUCAAAGUGUGGAGCUUAUAUUUGGCCUUGA